CUGAAGAUAUGAAACUGAUAAAUUGCAUUUCAAUUGCUCUUCUUUGCACAUUAGUAGACUUUUCCUCUGCGGAAAUCACAGUCAUCAGUAAUUUGGCUGUCGUUGGAAGUCCAGAAUCACAUGUUGGUACACCUAAUAAGACACUUUAUGCCAAUAUUCAGAAUUUAUGGUGUGGUGCGCAGAAUCUUGGUGAGCACAUUGAUGUAGAAUAUGGGGAGUUCACAAGGCUUUCUGAUGGAAAAGUCUUCAAGGGUACUGUAAACCAGGGAAAAGUAUAUCUGGAAAUCGGUAAAGCAUCUGUAAAAGUAGCAGGACGAUAUCGUUGUGAAGUUCGAACACUUGACAAGGAAAUUCACAGUGGGAAUUUGAUUAUCUACAUGCCUCCUGUUCUCGACUUUCCAGCAGCUGUACGAGUUUCUGAAGUGUUGAAUGCAAGGCCUCCACAUGUGAUUGGUGCGGAACGAAGAGGGUUACACGGCGAGCGAAUGGUUCUGGAAUGUCCGGUUCUAGCCAACCCAGAACCAAUGGUGAGAUGGGAGAAGAACGGAGAACCACUAGGAAACUCUGACAGCAUUGAAUACGACGGAAACAACUUGAUACUGAACUCGCUAACUGAAGACCACAUUGGAAAGUACCGAUGCAUCGGAGACAACUCAUUCCCGCUCUUCGUAGAUGGACCAGCUAUACCGCAUCAAAUUUACUUUGAUCAGGAUAUUAAAGUAUUGUGAAAUAAAGAUUUAGUUCUAU